AUGGGUGGCGGCCACGGUGUCCGAUCCGUAGUGUACUACGUCAACUGGGCCCCUUAUGGUCGAAACCAUCACCCUCAGGAUCUCCCUGCCGAGUACCUCACGCACGUCCUAUAUGCUUUUGCCAAUGUCAGACCGGAAAGCGGGGAGGUGUAUCUCACCGACAGCUGGUCAGAUACCGACAAACACUACGAAGGCGACAGCUGGAACGAUCAAGGGACCAAUGUCUACGGGUGCGUGAAACAGUUGUUCCUUCAGAAGAAACGAAAUCGCAAAUUGAAGGUCCUGCUGAGCAUCGGUGGCUGGACCUACUCUUCCAACUUUGCACAGCCUGCCAGCACCGAGAGCGGCCGGAAACGCUUUGCAGAGAGCGCCGUCAGACUAGUAGAAGACCUCGGGUUUGACGGCCUCGACAUCGACUGGGAGUAUCCGAAAACCCACGGAGAGGCCCAAGACUUUGUCAAGCUGCUGCACGAGACGAGAAAGGCUCUAGAUGCCGCGGCCGCUAAACGAUCUCAUACACGGUUCUAUCUGACCGUGGCUUGUCCUGCUGGACCGUCCAACUUUGAGAAACUGGACAUUGCAGCAAUGGAUCGCUUGCUGGACUUCUGGAAUCUUAUGGCGUACGACUAUGCCGGUUCAUGGGACCAACGCGCAGGACAUCAGGCGAAUUUGUUCCCGUCAGGAGCUCACCCUGAGUCCACGCCGUUCAGCACCAUAGCCGCCCUAGAACACUAUACGCGGCACGGUGUGCACCCUUCCAAGAUCGUGCUUGGAAUGCCUCUGUACGGCCGAGCCUUUACGUCCACCGAAGGGCCUGGACAUCCUUUCAGCGGAACCGGUGAGGGAAGUUGGGAACAAGGGGUUUGGGACUACAAGGCCCUGCCUAAGCCGGAGAGCUCAGAGUACCAUGAUCGGGAAAUUGGAGCCAGUUGGAGCUACUCGCUGCCUUCCAAGACCAUGAUCAGUUACGACACCCCUGCCAUGGUAGCCCAGAAGGCAUCAUUUGCUCGGGAUUAUGGCCUCGGUGGAGGCAUGUUUUGGGAGUCCAGUGGUGACAAACCCAUCGGCGGCGGCAGCCUCCUCGAGACCUUUGUGACUCAUUCCGGUGGACUCGGUCGGUUGGACGAAUCCAAGAACUGCCUCGAGUACCCGGAGAGCAAGUAUGACAAUUUGCGGAACAAGCUUGAUUGA